UGUGGUGUUUCAGGUGUGUGUUUUAGUCAAACCGAAGGCAGCCUGAAGUCACAGUGACAGGGUGGGGUACGUAGAAGGACAAAAUGCCGGUGAGACGGACCAGAAACGCAGGAAAUGCCCGCAGUAAAGAGCAACUGAGCCGGGAGAUGCGACACAGCAGACUGGCUCUUUUCAUUCAGCAGUUUGAGAAAGAAGCUCAAGAGCGCCUGAACGAGCUGGAGGCCAAGAUGGAGAACAUGUUAGCCACAGUUGACAAGGUGUUCAAAGUGGAACUGAUGAAGAUGCCUCCUGCUCUUCAAAACACGGUCACAUGGGAUUUAAUAAGCGAGGAGGAAAUCUCAGCAAGUGAGGUAUCAAUUGCCAUGAAGAAUGAGUCCCUCGAGAUGCACCAGCCCCUCAAGAGGCUACCCAGUAAAAGAACUAAAUCGACUGAUUCUACACCAGUUCAGUCUACCCCCGCACAGAGGUCCUCAUCCAAGACCUUUAAGGGAGGAAAUGGGACAAAAAAGACCAGGACACUAGCUGGUAGUAACAGCACCGGAAAUAUUAGGGGCUCCACAGUCACUAGCAAAAGAACUCAAAGCCGCGUGACCAAGACCAAUGACCAGACCCUGCCGAACAAACCUAAACUCAGGUCUGUCGUCUCUACUGGUGAUCUACACUGUUCAAUGGCAGGCUCUGCUGCACACGUCACUGUAACCACAGCACAGGGGCAGACUGUCAGCUUUUCUGAAGAGACCAAGGAUGAAAUUGACUUGGACAUGCUGGAUGACGUGGCAUGGUGCCAGAUUCAGAAACUCACGAGUCUGAUGGAGUAUCUGUCCAGGCGAAGUCGUUGCCACCGAUGAGUAAAGAUGCCUGAACGUCCACUGUGACUGGGAUUUUUCUCCACUUGGAUUUUGUUACAUUACUGUAGUUUUAAUAUCAUGGAAUUUGUCUAUAGAAGUUUGUUUCUAAUACUUAUCAGGUAUGCUAAUAAUAGCUAUGCUUUGGUUGUCUUCAGUGUUUUAAAAAAAUGCAAUAAAGCUCAUUUGUGUCAUCCUUCAUGACACAGUACAGAAUAUUUGUAUGAUACAGUCUGUAAAAUGUCUGAUGACAAGAGCCUAUGAUUAAAUUGACUUAGUUUGACCAAUA